CAGCUAGGACGAAAUUAUGUGUUGUCCAAACACAACGGCAACACGCCUCGCCACGCUGUUCAUUUCGGUUGUAGCGCAAGAAGCACGAACGAAUGGGAGGCGAGUCUGCUGUUCAGCCGCCGCCGCAGCAGCAGCAGGAGCAGCACUUCGAGAAUAAGAUGGCCAGUGACACAGGCCUUCCACCGUCCGGUGUCGAUGCCAUCACUGAAGACGGCCUGCCGCCGUUCGUUGAGGUGAGCGGUUUGUGCCUGGCAAAACCGACGAGUGUCGUACAUAUUUUGUGCUGUUUGUUGCAGGUGUAUGACGAGCCUCGACACACAACGGUAGGGUAGGAGAGGCGGCAGAAUUGACGUACGCCUGUCUGUCGUGUGUUGUUUGUUUGUUUGUUCCCCUGGCAGUGUGUCAAGAACGACUACUGCAUUGCGAUGAAGGUGCGCUUCCCCUGCGGCGAUACCACCUGGUACCACCGUCACAAGGAGGUGAGAGAGAGGAUCACACAGACAGACAGGCAGACAGACAGACAGACAGACAGACAGGAGGCCAGGCCAGCCUCGUAUGUGUGUGUGUGUGUGUAUGUGUGUGUGCAUUGUGUGGCAGGACACUGUGUUUGUGUUUAUGGGCAACAUGGAGAUCCACAACUGUAUGUGCCUCAAGAGUGAGUUCAACGACUCCUUCAAGCUCGGCGAGGUGCGCUACGCCGCCCUCAAGGACCGCCCCUACGUCCACAAGGCCACGGCCCUCAAGUCAGACACGCCCAACAAAGGCAUGUUCGCCAUCGAUGCAGGUAGGUAUGGCCGGACCACUCCACCAGUCCCUAUGUCACUCCGAAUAAAUCAAUGUGAUGUGGUCGACAGAGCACACCGGGUCGCCGCCCACCGUCAGUUCCUCGCCGCUCGCUGACGCUUCCCACAGCCUGGUGCUGGACCAGGAGAAGGUCCGCGCGUAUCGCCUGAUGCUGCCAGCCGCGUGCACGGUGCGCUUCAGUUACCCAUUCUACGGCCUUUGGGUGGUUGUGAGGGGCGGCAAGGCCACCAUCACUGAGGAGAUUGCUGAGGGCACGGUGGGCCGUGGCCAGACGAAGGAGGAGCCCCCGCGCGGCGAGUCGCACGUGUACCAGCUGGGUGAUCUCUGGUGGGGCUGCCCUGCGAGCAUCACUUACGUCAACGAGGGCACCGAAGAAAUGGAGAUCGUCAUCUGUGAGUGGAAGUAGCCUUGUGCAGACAGACCCACACACGAGGAGGAAGCCUGCUCCACAGGAUGUCCUUUGUGUUGUGCCGAUGGAGGAUGGCUUACAAGGCGGGCGAAUUGUCUGCAGCUUGUCAGGAGGGGUGUGGAAAAGGGCUAAUGCAUGAAUGGCAUAAGUGCAUGGUGGGUGUGCGUGGUGAGUGCGGACAUCACAUCCGUCGUGAGUGGUGUUGAUGGCCUGUGUGUCUUGUAUGGAAGAACUGUUUGGACUCAAUAAACGCUCAAUCACUGAGUAUGAUUCGUGGCUGUCAGGCAGACGUGACG